AUGUCAAUUCAAAUAGAAAACAAUUUAAAAAAUGGAGAUAAUCCCGAAAUAUUUGAACAAAGGGCCCAUUAUUUGCCUUGUAAAAUAGAAGUAGAUGGUGCCGCAAAUGUUGAAAAAUAUUUUGAACCGUAUGUUGUUGAAAAUGAGAAUGGAGAACUAUCUGCAACAUUUCGUGGGCAUCCACUUGAUGGUGUGAAUAUGAGUCUUCCAGAUGGGUACAGAGCUAUUCUGGUUACUGAAGCCAAAAAGCCAUUAGCUGAUGAUGCUGACCGGAGAUUCCAGGUGGCCGGAGGGUUUAAAGAGUUUGUGUAUUGGAACUGGGAUAAGAAACCAUCUAAGAACGAUAAUAUAGUUAAGGCUUUCGAUUGGAUUGAUAUUGCGGAGGCUAUACAUGGAGAUUGA